AUGCAGCCGCCGCACCAGCCGCCGAUGAACGGGCAACACGGCCCGCCUCCGCCGCAGGGAUCCGGGGCGCCCACGCCUCCGCAGCAGCAGGUGCCCCCGCCGCCGUACUACCAGCAGCAGCCGCCGCCGCCGCCGUCGCAGUACUACCAGCAGGCCCCCCCGCAGCCGUGGGGGCAGCAGCAGCAGUACGCUCCACCGCCGCAGCAGUACCCGCCUCAGACGCAGCAGUACGCGCCACCACCGCAGCAGUACGCCCCUCCGCCGCAGCAGCAGUACGCUCCUCCGCCGCCGCAGCAGUACGCUCCUCCGCCGCCGCAGUACGCGCAGCCACCGCAGUAUGGGCCCACGCCGGGAAGCGGUGAGGUCAGGACGCUGUGGAUCGGGGAUCUUCAGUACUGGAUGGACGAGAACUACCUCCACUACACUGCCUUCGGGCCCGUGAGCCAACAGAUUGCCUCUGUAAAAAUUAUAAAGAACAAGCAGACUGGGCAUUCAGAAGGUUAUGGUUUUAUUGAGUUUUACUCUCGAGCUGCUGCAGAACAUACUCUGAUGAACUUCAAUGGGCAGAUGAUGCCGAAUGUUGAGAUGGCUUAUAAGCUGAACUGGGCUUCUGCUAGCACUGGGGAUAAGCGUGGAGAUAGUGGUUCUGAUCACACAAUAUUUGUUGGUGAUUUGGCUCCUGAUGUUACUGACUUCAUGUUGGAAGAUGUGUUCAGAGCUAACUACCCUUCAGUUAGAGGAGCUAAAGUAGUUGUUGAUAGGGUCACUGGACGGCCCAAAGGAUAUGGUUUCGUGCGUUUUGGAGAUCUGAAUGAGCAGGCACGCGCUAUGACCGAGAUGAAUGGAAUGAUGUUAUCUACAAGGCACAUGAGGAUUGGUGCUGCAGCUAACAAGAAGAAUACGGAUGCUCAGCAGACAUAUGCAACUAACGGAGCAUACCAGAGCUCUCAAGGAAAUUCUUCAGAGAAUGAUCCCAACUAUACAACAGUCUUUGUGGGUGGGUUAGAUUCCAAUGUAGAUGAGGAGUAUCUAAGGCAAAUUUUUACUCCAUACGGAGAAAUUUCCUUUGUGAAGAUUCCUGUAGGCAAGCAUUGUGGAUUUGUUCAAUUUACCAGCAGGUCAUGUGCUGAGGAAGCCAUCCAAAUGCUGAAUGGGAGUCAGAUUGGUGGGCAGAAAGUUAGGCUUUCAUGGGGCCGUACUCCUCAAAACAGACAGGCUUCUCAGCAAGAUGCCAACAGCCAGUAUAAUGGGAACAGCUAUUAUGGAUACCAACAGCAGGGUUAUGAAGGUUAUGGCUAUGCUGCACCCAAUACACAAGACCCAAGCAUGCAAAACUACUAUGGAUACCCUGGUUAUGGUAACUAUGAGCAGCAGCAGCAGCAGCAGCCAACACAGGAACAGCAGCAGCAGCAGCAGCCUCCGCCUCCACAGCAGUGA